AUGACCAUCACACAGACCGAGUACUUCUCCUUCGACCGGCCCAUCCGCAAGGUGGCCCUCGUCGGCGUCGGCGCGGCCGGCGCCACGGCCGUGCGCCACCUCCGCGACGCGGGGCUCGAGGUGCACGCGUACGAGCGGCAGGGCAAGGCCGGCGGCGUGUGGAACUGGCAGCCCGACGUCGCGCCGCCGCUGUCGGUGCCGACGCCUGCGCCGUCCGUCGGCGCGUUCACGCCCCUCUCGCCGCCGUCGACGCCGGGCUCCGAGGCCGAGGCGAAGGCUUCGACGCAUGCCAUCUCGGACGCAGACCGGCUCAAGUUCAACCCGCCCAACCCGGUCUACUGGAACCUGACGAACAAUGUGCCGACGACGGCCAUGGUGUACAAGGACUACCCCUACCCCGAGGGAACGCUCCCCAACGUCAAGCACUCUGUGCUCUCAGAGUACAUCAACGGCUACGUCAAGCACUUUGACCUCGCCAAGCACAUCUCGUUCUGGACCCGCGUCGAGGACAUUCGGCGGAUACCCGAGUCGGAGGGCUCGGCGCACCGGUGGCGCGUGACGCUGCACAAGGAGGAGCCAGUGGCGGAGGGCCAGGUUGCCGAGUCGUGGUGGACCGAGGACGUCGACGGCCUCAUCAUCGGAACAGGGCACUACAACGCGCCGUUCAUCCCCAACAUUGAAGGCGCCAAGGAGUGGGCCGAGACGUGGCCCGAGCAGGUGCUCCACUCAAACGGGUACCGCUACCCCGAGCCGUACGCCGGCAAGAAUGUGCUCAUCGUCGGCGCGGGCACGUCGGGCAUCGACAUUGCGCGCGACCUGACCGCCGCGGCCAAGAUCUACCUCGUCACAAAACCCAUCACGAGCGGGCCAGAGGACGCCAAGAAGAUGCGCCAGUUCCAGCGCUCGUUCCUGCCCGACAACACCGAGGGCGUGCCCGAGAUCAAGCGGUUCCUGCCGCCCAACAAGGACGAGGGCGUCGAGUCGGGCCGCGUCGAGCUCGUUGACGGGCGCGUGAUUGAGGGUGUGUCGCUGGUGCUGCUGUCCACGGGCUACCAAUACUCGAUCCCCUUCCUCCCCCAGUUCCACCACGACCCCGCCCUCGGCCCCAUCACCGACGAGCAGAAGUCGCAACUCCUCAUCACGGACGGCCGCGGCGUGCUCAACCUGCACCGGGACGUCUUCUUCAACGCCGACCCAACAAUCACCUUCAUCGGCCUGUCGGUCAACACGGCCGCGUUCAACUUCUUCGAGUACCAGGGCAUUGCGGUCUCGCGCGUGUUCAGCGGCAAGGCGCGCCUGCCGGCGCUGGACGAGCGGCUGCGCGUGUACGAGCGCCUGAUUGCCGAGAAGGGCGAGGGCAAGUACAGCCACUUCAUGGGCAAGGUCGGCGAGAUCAAGUAUGUGCGCGAGACGGUCUCGUGGCUCAACGCCGACGCCGACGUGCUCGGCGCGCCCCAUGUACAGGGGCACACGCAGGAGUGGCUCGCGAACAGCGACAAGAUCUACGAGACGUUUGCGCUCAAGUACAACAUCCCGAUCGAGCAGCUGCGCGCAGAGCGCGGCCUGCCCGAGAAGGGCUUUGCGCAGGAGGCGCUCGAGUUUGAGCAGCAGGCAAAAGACGUGCCCGGCGUCGCGGGCGUCACGGCCGCGCUGCAGCAGACGGCCAUCGUGGCCUAG